CAGAGAUGGUCUUCCAAAACAUGCCACCAAACUGAUGAAUAUGCUUCAAAUCAACCACCCUUGCAUGCAUAUAAAAUGCUAACUCCUCCAACAUCUUCAAACACACAACUUGAGCAAACAGCAGUAUUAAGUUUUAUUGAAGAAACCUAAGAUAUGGUGAGUGUAUCGGAGAUCCACCAGGCUCAAAGGGCAGAAGGCCCAGCAACCAUCCUUGCCAUUGGAACUGCAACCCCACCAAACUGUGUUGAUCAAAGCACCUACCCGGAUUACUACUUCAGAAUCACAAACAGUGAGCACAUGACCGACCUCAAAGAGAAAUUCCAGCGCAUGUGCGACAAGUCCAUGAUCAAGAAGAGAUAUAUGCAUCUCACCGAGGAGAUCCUGAAGGAGAAUCCUAACAUGUGUGCUUACAUGGCACCUUCUUUGGAUGUUAGGCAAGACAUAGUGGUGGUAGAGGUGCCAAAGUUAGGGAAAGAGGCUGCAGUGAAAGCCAUAAAGGAGUGGGGGCAGCCAAAGUCCAAGAUUACACACUUGAUCUUUUGCACCACCAGUGGCGUCGACAUGCCUGGUGCUGAUUACCAACUCACCAAACUCUUGGGACUUCGCCCCUCUGUGAAGAGGUACAUGAUGUACCAACAAGGGUGCUUUGCAGGAGGCACGGUUCUUCGAUUGGCCAAGGAUUUGGCUGAGAACAACAAGGGUGCCCGUGUGCUUGUCGUGUGUUCUGAGAUCACUGCAGUCACCUUCCGUGGCCCAAGUGACACCCACCUAGACAGUCUUGUGGGACAGGCACUGUUUGGAGAUGGAGCAGCUGCAGUUAUAGUUGGUUCUGACCCCAUUCCACAGAUUGAGAAGCCAUUGUUUGAGCUCGUUUGGACUGCACAGACCAUUGCUCCAGACAGUGAUGGUGCCAUUGAUGGCCACCUUCGUGAAGUUGGACUCACGUUUCACCUCCUUAAGGAUGUUCCUGGGAUUGUCUCAAAGAACAUUGGGAAGACACUUUAUGAGGCCUUCAACCCAUUGAACAUCUCUGAUUACAACUCCAUCUUCUGGAUUGCACACCCUGGUGGACCUGCAAUUCUAGACCAAGUUGAGCAAAAGUUGGGUCUCAAAGCUGAAAAGAUGAAGGCCACUAGAGAUGUGCUUAGUGACUAUGGGAACAUGUCAAGUGCAUGUGUGCUUUUCAUCUUGGACGAGAUGAGGAGGAAAUCAGCUGAAAAUGGCCUCAAAACCACCGGUGAAGGACUUGAAUGGGGUGUCUUGUUUGGUUUUGGACCUGGACUUACUAUUGAGACUGUUGUUCUCCACAGUGUCGCAAUAUAACACCCUCUCAACUCCAUUGUUUUAUUUUUAUUUUUUUUAUGUACCAACUUUUAAUCUUGUUGGAGCUUCUAAUUUACAUUCAAAUUAUACAUGUAACACUUCUUUAUACUACUUUCCUCUAAUAAUUUAUUAUCUACCAUCCAUUAUUUUUAU